AGAAUGGCAGCCGAGAACUCUUCUGUGACAGCGUUUAUCCUUGAAGGCUUAACAGACCAGCCAGGACUCCAGAUACCUCUCUUCUUCUUGUUUCUAGGUUUCUACACCAUCACCGUGGUGGGGAACCUGGCCUUGGUAACUUUGAUUGGGUUGAACUCUCACCUGCACACCCCCAUGUACUUUUUCCUCUUCAACCUCUCCUUAAUAGAUUUCUGUUACUCCACCACCAUCACCCCCAAAAUGCUGAAGAGUUUUGUCUCAAAGCGGAACAUUAUCUUACAUGCAGGGUGUAUGACUCAACUCUUUUUCUUCUGUUUCCUUGUCAUCUCUGAGUCCUUCAUCCUGUCAGCGAUGGCAUAUGACCGCUAUGUUGCCAUCUGUAAACCAUUGGUGUACACAGUCACCAUGUCUCCUGAGGUCUGUUUACUCUUCUUGGUGGGUGUGUAUGUGAUGGGGUUUUCAGGGGCCAUGGCCCAUAUGGGAAACAUAGCAAGUCUGACCUUCUGUGCCAACAACAUUGUCAAUCAUUUCAUGUGUGACAUCCUUCCUCUCCUUGAGCUCUCCUGCAACAGCACUUAUGUGAACGAGCUGGUGGUCUUCAUAUUUGUGGCUAUUGACAUUGGAAUGCCCAUUGUCACCAUCUUUAUCUCUUAUGCUCUAAUCCUCUUGAGCAUUCUCCACAUUCCCUCCACUGAGGGCAGGGCUAAAGCUUUCAGUACAUGUGGCUCCCACAUAAUAGUGGUUUCUCUUUUCUUUGGUUCUGGGGCUUUUGUGUAUCUCAAACCACCUUCCAUUUUGCCACUUGACCAAGGGAAAGUGUCCUCCCUGUUCUAUACCAUUGUGGUGCCCAUGUUAAACCCAUUGAUCUAUAGUUUGAGGAAUAAGGAUGUCAAAGUUGCCUUUAGGAAAACAUUGGUAAGAAAAAUAUUUUCUUGAGAAAGGAAUAAUAUUUGAGGAAGAAGAUGUAAU